AUGCAUACUCCAGAAUCUUCACCGGGAAUUAUGACUCCACGUUCACGUACUCCAACUCCGCUGGGUACAAACCAAGUUUUGCCACGAGUUCUAUCGUCGAAUCACCAUUUAUCAACCCCUCAACUAUUGAAUCCCCAUGAAAGUAGCCCUGGUUCAACGACAUCUCUAGCAAAACGGGGCCGGAAACAAGUAAAAAGAAACAGAACAAAAUUGUUUAGAGAAAAUCAAAGAUUAAAAGAAAAAAUUGAAGAAAUAAAUAAAAAAUAUGAAAAAUACAAGAAUAGAUAUAAUAGAGGAAAACAAAAAGGGUCAAAAAAUAAAAACGAUGAUUGUAAAAGUCAAGAUAAGUAUAACAUAUUGGUGAAAGCUAUUAAAAAACUUAAAAGUCGGAAAGAAAAGAUAGCUAUACAAAAAAUAUUUGAGAAGGAAGUUAAAUGUUCUAGAAAGAAAAUGCAAAUAAUAAAAGAGUGCUUGAAUGUGGAUCAAGGUUACAUAAGAAAGAAACAACCAAAGCUGAGGAAAAAAAGUUGGCGUGGCAAGGGUGCAGCAGACGGAGUUGGUGGCUUUUUGAAGCGCACUGCUGAUCAACUUGUCGCACGUGGACAGGAUAUUGCUGAGGCCUCAAUAUUCUAUUCUGCUUUAAAGGAUAUUAGUAAAAUAAUAAUGCAUUUUAUUACUGAUGAAGACAUUAAUAUACGGUCCAUGGAGAUUCCUGAUAAUGUUUUACUAUUACCUGGCACCAUGAAAGUCCACCAGGUGUCACUGAAGAGAAAGGAUUUCUCAAAUAUAGAGACUUGA